AUUCAUUUCAGUGCCUUCAUUGCUUUCGCCCCUCGUUUCGCCCUAUACUAGUUUUUCUUUACAAACGAAGGUCACUUUUCGAAUUUCAAUUUCGAGUUGGGAGUAUAACACGUUAUAACACUGGCAGAAAUCAGAAAUGAGGAAAAAAAUUCUAGAAAAAAUAUUCAUCAAAACAAAAAAAGGAAAUUCCUAGCUUCCUAUUGACGCAAAAGACUUCAUAUAAAGAUUAAUGAAACAGCUCCAAGAACCAAGAUUGAUUUGCCUGUGGUCACAGAUCUGUGAUUUGGUUUUUAAUAAGCUCGGUACUUGUAAUUUGCUGAAAGUUUGAAGAAAAUAUCUGUGUUAUUUGAAUCAAUAAGAAAUAUUAAUACCAUGGAGGAGGUUGAUAAUAUAAUCAUUCACACUUUACGGCAGAUUGGUUGGUGAGUAUUUGAUUCACUCAACUUGAUUGUUCAAGGUCAGACAAGGUGUACACUGUACACUACCUGUAUAUUUUGUAUAAAUUAAAAAUUUAUAUCGCUAUUAAUUGCAUUAAAUUGGAUACCUAGGCCCUCCUGGUUCCUAUAACGUUUAGUACCUUUAUGCAACCACAUCCAUUGCAUAUCUAUUGUAUAUAUGUUUACUAGGCCAUAUUUUAUACUAAUUGUCAGGGGCAGAUCUAACCGUCGGGUGCAGGGGAUCACACCUCACCUAGUGGUGUCUAGCACACCCCUAGAGAAGUCCUGCACCACCAUAAAAAUCUGCUUGACCAUAUAUUUUCUGCUUUUCGAAUAGCAAUUAGUGGAACUUUACUACUAAUUAGCGCAUGUUGGAAAAUUUAGAUUUUGAUGUCUGGAAAAUUUAGAUUUUGAUCGCUAUAGUGGUUAGGUGCAUAGUCUGCUCCAUGGUCAUGUUGUGAUAUAGGAGUCACGACGAGUCGCACUGCUAUUCUUGUUCGUAAUUUUCAAGGAUUCUUGAAAGGAGUUUUAUAGCACAGUUGUCCUAAAGAAUUGUAGUGAAAGUGCCUUUCAUUUCUAAUUUUAGCAAUCUCAAUGAAUCAGUUUUAAGUUUGAAGGAGUUCACAACGGACAAUGUGAUUGAGGCUACAUCAACGUGUCUGCGUGUUAUCAAUGACGCCAAUCAGUUUUCAAGAACGCUUCCUCCCAGCAUGUCGGCAAGAUUUCGCUUGGGUACUGGUUUAGCUCAAGCUUGCCAGGUUAGAUAUUCUGUUUUCAGAGAACUAGGGCUACUAAUUAAAAUACACAAGAGAAAUCCCUCUUUCCUCUGUAGAAGAUUGUGUUUUUCCAAAAAACCUUAAAUGAAGCUAAUCCCAUAUAAUGCAUGUAAGAACUUUUAAAAACACAUACUGGCUAUGUGCAUACUGUAGGUGGCAGAACUAUGGGGUGGGGCAAUAGCCCCCAAAAGCAAAACACCCCCAGCCCCCAAGAAACUAUCAGAGUAGAGGAACUAUGAAGGUACGGUAUUAAAUUGUUUCACUGAAGAUGAAUCAAAUGACAUUAGUUUUGGCAAAUCAAAUCUUCCCUGGAAUUCUGGAAAUGCCAUUUCAAGGGGGAAGUAUGCCUCCAGACCUUUCAUUUCUGGGGGCAGGGGGAAGUACCGUGUGCCUCCAGACCUAUCUACAGUUCAUCUAGCUCCCCCAUCCAAACAAAUCCAGCACUGCUUAUGACUGUUUCUAAGAAUGUGAUGGGAAUUAAUCUCCAUGCCUGAUUCCUUUUGUCUCAAAAGAUAAAAUUACAUGAUCAUAAUGCAUGCUUCAACUGAAAAUCCUAUAUUUAGCUCCUUCUCCAAUCAGCCACAUAAAUGGGAAUAAGGAAACCCAAUCAUAUACCAUUUUAAAGACAGUUCAGCUGUACAUAGUACUAUACCGGUACUCGUAGUUGGACAUUUCGAUGUUCAAAUAACUUCAAGGGAAUUAAGUUACAUGUACAGAGCAACUUUUGAUUUUAAGGGUUUCUAAUUAAAAAUGUCGUGGAAGACUGCAUUCUGUCCUUUUCAUGCUCGAGAUAAUUUUUCUGCUAUAGCGAGUCAGUGAUUUACUUAAUAGACAGAAAAUGAGUUGUAUUAUUAAUAUAUACUUUAAACCUGUUUUAAAUUCGUAAAGUUAUUUCCAAGGUAGCUAGAAUAUAUUGUGUUUUAAACUAAAGUGCUCGGGAUAUUCUUUUAAUUUUACAGCUCAAAAUGGGAAAAAUGGCUGGGGAAUAAGAUUUAGAAAAAAAGUGGGCUGGAAAAUUGGAUCUAUAGACCCCUUGUCAGGACUGACUCCACGAUCAACUCUCAUUUUCGCUUGACCAAGGCUUAACCGAUAGAACAAUUGAUAGUCAGUGGUACUUAUAUCGGUAGUGAUGCAGACAAUUGAUAUGCUUCUAUUCAAAAUUAAUAGUUGAAAUUUACAAUAACUUAAAUUAAUAUUAAUCAAAACUGCAUCGUUAAUUUUUCUUUAAAUGUACAAUACAUGCAGUAGUUUAACACUAUUUCAUUUUUUACUGAGGUCAGUGUUUCUUUAACAUUUAAUGAUUACUUCAUUGUUUCAACCAUGGUUGUGUUAAAAAGGAACUUGGUUUUAAUGGCGUCAUUGGCUAUCAAACGUUUCUCUAUCCCACCGAAGGAGACAUCAGAACUCUGUUUAUGUUUUUGGUUGAACGAUUGCCUAAAGAGAGUGCUGAGGCUGCAGAUGAACCCAUGGGUAAGAUUACUAUACUCUAAUCUACUGUACUGUACAGGGUGUCUGAAAACAUCCCCCAUGCACUAUUAUUCCAUGGUAUUACCAUGGAUAGUUAAAAUGGAUAGGGAACAGCUAACACAUGCAGACGUGACCUACAGUACCGUAUUUGAAAUUUGUGAUGUCACACGAAUACAACCAAUCUGUAAAGUUUCUUCCACUUUCCUAUAUUUUUCGCACUCAUCAAUGUAGCUAUUAUAUUAAUUGAGAUUCAAAAUAACACGCUGAUAUCAAAGGAACUAGACUGAGUUCUGAAAUAUCACCAACUCGAACCGACUUGAUCUCGUACUGUAGCUCAGUUGGAAGAGCAUUGGACUAGCAAACCAAAAGUUGCGGGUUCAAUUCCCACCGCGGUCAAGCAAACUUUUCAGUUUGCCCGGUGUGGACACACUCAGAGACAACAUCACCAACAUAUAUCUUCACCUUAAAAUACCUUCCAUCCCACGUAGUUUCCAUUAUUUGGACAAUUGGAAAUAUUGGACAAUUUGAAACAUGCAUCUUCGAAUGACAAAUUGUCGUCGAACUGCUGCCGAACUUUAUACGAUGAUUUUUAGUGUGAAGUUUCUUCGAAACUUCACAGUAUUGUGAUGACUGGGGGGAAAUUCAAACGAAACAGUCAGUCAUUCAGUCAGUCAUUCAUUCAUUCAGUCAGUCAUACAGUAAACUUUCCGGGGGGUGUAUACGGUAUGUGUUCGUAGUGAUUUAUCGUACUUAGUCUGUGCUUUGAAGGUUAUUUAGGCAAUUUUAGUUGUCUUAUUUAAAUAUUCUUUAGGUCUUUUGCCAAGUUUUGCCAAGUUUACAAGAAAUUCGAGGAAUUGUUGUCGUUAUUGUAAAUUUUAUAACAUGCGCUUCUCAUGUUGUGUAAAGGAUUUUUCCCCCGGAACACCCGAUUUUUUCUUUAGCAGCGCAAAUGCGCAUGCGCUAUCAAGCCGUAGAUCACGAUGGCGUGACGAUGCUAGGAAGGAGCGAGACAGUGUUGUUUUGAAAUGUAUAAACAUUUCAGACGUGAAUAUUGAGUAAAUCUUCGAGAAUCUACGCAAUAUAUAAAUUGAUGUUAUGCAAUAAUGCAUUCAAUUAAGUGCCGAUAUUAUUUAGACCGGUAUAUUCAUUUUACAGAGCUAGCAAGGAGCUAGGACAAUUUUACAGAGCUAGCAAGGAGCUUUUUGCUUUUUUCAAGUGUAGCAAGGAGCUAGGACAGUGCUUUUUUUCAAGUGUAUAUAUUAAACAUUUCAGACGUAAAUAUUGAGUCGAAAAUCUUUGAGAUUUUAGGCAUUCAAUUGAGUGCCGAUAUUAUUUUCACGGUAUACCCAUUAUACAGAGGUAGGAAAGUGCGAGAGAGUGUUGUUUUCAAAUAUAUAAACAUUUCAGACAUGAAUAUUGAGAAAAUCUUUCAGAUUCUACGCAAUAUAUAAAUUGAUGACGUUAUGCAUUACCGGCACCCAAUUAAGUGCCAGAAGAUAUAUUGUUUAGGCCGUGUAUUCAUUAUACAUUGGCCACAUUGGCUGUAUAAGGUGCUACACCACAGAAUAGAUGGCUACACUUAGUACAACGAGCGAAAUUUGCAUCAGACAAAGCGUAAACAACUAUUAAACAGAAGCGGGUGUUUGUACGGCGUUUACGACGAAAAUAACUUGUGAGUUGUGAUCGAGACUAAAAGAAAUCAGUUGAGUCUGCAAAGCUCUUUAUUUAAACAAGAUAGACGAGGCUCUUUAUUUAAACAAGAUAGACGAGGAUCGAGUUAUAGCCAACGUGUUAUCGCCAAUCGCUUGGCUUGCCAACAAGCUUUAUGCAAUAGAAGAAAAAAGCAAGGAGGUAGCCAACGUGUACCGUCAAGGACUUACUUUGUUUACUGUCUAGCACAACGUCAACAGUGCAAACUCGUGUUCAAUGCAACGAUAACACUACCAGAUCUUACGAGAAUCAAUCUGUACACAGAGCCGUAUCAAAGCUUGUUAAAACUGCUAUAAACACUGCUAUAACUGUGAAACUAUUGAAAUCUAAAGUGACAUUAUUGAAUACACGCGAAAAGCUGAAAAUGACUCAUGAAACGCAAUGUGACAUUGCCAUUGCGAAUAUAAAGUCAAAGGUCAAUCAGACUUGUUAUUGUGAGACAUGUCACAAUUAGGUUAAAAUGCGGAAGCGGAUGGAGCGGAUCCACGGAACGGAUAUGGGGAUAAAAUAUAGAACGGAUGGGGAUAAAAUGCGUUCUUUUAAUGAUACGACGUCGUAGUGCUUAUUAUUCAUAACAUAUCUUAUACAGCUAUUUGGGUGAUGGGAAUAAUCAUAUUAAAUAAGUUCAGCGUAUCAGUACCCUCGUUAGGAUGCUUUUAGCGACAGCUGCAAAUACAAAUGAAGUUUUAGAAUAUGCAAAAUUUGGGUGUUGGUGAAACAAUUUAAAUUUCGAGUUAUCGCGUGUAGCAUCACAAUAAAUAAAUAAAUUGUAUCAGUUCCACGAGGCACGUUUCUGAUCUGUUAGGCUUGUUUCAAACAUGGCGCUACUCAUGUGCCGAACGCAUUAUAAAGUAGAUAAUGAGAUGAAAUGCCUUUGGUAACUGUUUAUUUCGUAGUGUAAGCCAUCAGCCUUUCUAGGUUGUCGGCGACCCUAUAUAAUUAUUGUUGCAGUGUCUUUUUCAAUUCGAAACUUCACACUAUCCUUGGAUCCCUAGUUUAGAUUAUGAAGACUGUUAAUACCACUUAGUGAAGAACUAUUGAAUGGGUAUAGUUUGUUCGCAUUCCAUCUCUCUUCUUAUUUCGUAAAAGGUGGUGCAAUUCUGCUAAAUAGAAGAAUAGCAAGUGAAUUGUCAAAGAUUCUUGCUGGAACAUGGAUACCUCCUUUUUGUAAGAGAAGUGGUAUUUGUUGGAGUGGAAAAGAUGGCAAGACGUGGCAUAGAGAAGUACGUAUCUUGCGAUAUUAUAAGCUCAAUUAAACAAACAAAAACUUUAAGAGAUAUUAUAGAUAGUAUAAUAGCCCAGAAAAUGACUCUCAAACAAUACAUAACAAAAAGAAUAAAAUUUACUUGCUAUAACGUUUCGUUGUAUAUAAUAACUAGGCUACAUGCAUCACAACAUCUUCCAAGCAUUUAAAUUUUAUGUCUUGUUUGAAAGUGAUUUGCUGGUUUUAAUAUUUAUACAAGCUCAUACAUAAUUAUACACCAGCAUAUUUAAUUAUGGAUCCUCUGCAUGAGUAUUUGCUAUAUUUGUUUAGGGAGUUAAAGGAGUACAUCCAUUUCGUUCAUCUCCAUUGAAAUACCCGAAAGGACUUGGUGACUUAACACGCAAAAUUUCAAAAGGUAUUAUUGGCCAGGGUUUUUUUUCUGCAAGACUAUACAGUAUAAUCACCAUACAAUUAGACGUUAUCUGAGGCCGGUUGUGUAAAAGGCUUAUAACUACUUAUUAACUAUCCGUUUUGUAGUUAAAUAGUAAUUAACUAUCAAAUACGCGAUUCUGAUUGGUUAACUUUUCAGUAAUUGUAGUUAAUUUCAACUGCUUUUUUAUACAACCUUUUUUAUACAAUAUACUGUAUAAAUUUUUAUAUGCUUAAUUUUAUCGUUACUUUUUAGAUGCGAAGCAGUACUAUGAUUCCUCAGCAAUGCCAUUAAUAACCUCACAGCCUCCUUCAAGACACAAUAUUUCAGAUUCUAUUUUGGAGGCAAAUUCUCUGAAGGUGUCAAGUGAUAUGGAAUGGGAAAAUGAGUGGAAUCACAGUGGAUUGGCAUCAGGUCUCACGCCAGAGGUACAAAUUAAUUAACAAUACUUUUAUAAGUAUACAGUAUAAGACUAAAAAAAAACAAAGAAAUACUAUCAAUAAAAUGGGACAACAAAGGGGUUAUAAAAAGCAUAAAAUUUUGCUGUAAUCAGAGAAGACAAAAAAUGCAGAAUGGCCAAAACUGACAAUUAGCAACUGAAACAAGGCACGAAAGUCACUUCUUCCUUUAAAGUUUAUAAACCGAGAUUUAAGAUCUUUUGUUUUCCGGUUUUGUAGUUGGUCCCCCUGAAUCUGAGCCCACUACUCUAGAUAGUGGUUUUGCCCAAUAUAUUGCCUGCUGAUAUAAUAGUCCAACUACCCCCAAAUUUUGAUUUUUAAAUGUGUUAUAUUUGGGUCAUUCUGAAAAGAAAUAUAAUAUAUCUAUCAUACUGUAGUAAGUUAAUCUCAUUUUAAUCAACUUUGUCACUGUCAAAGUUUCCAGAUAUGAUGUUAAAGUUUCCAGAUAUGAUGUUUGUACUGUCAAAGUUUCCAGAUUUUAAUCAACUUUGUCACUGUCAAAGUUUCCAGAUAUGAUUUUCCAGAUAUAAUUGAUGAAUUACAAAUUAGCUUUCCUUUGUCUUCUGCCCCAAAAAAUCAUAAUGACAUCAUAUCCUGAAUGUUUGGCAGUAAAAAAGUUGAUGAAAAUGAGUUUACGUUCACAUUUAAUUCUCAACUCACAUUUCGUCUUAGAAAGAUCUAAGUAUUACCCAAUUAUUACCAAAAUUCAUUUUAAGGGCUAGUGACACUUUCAGAUAUUUUGUUAUUGUUGCUCAGGGUAGUUUUGCAAUAUUUCUUAUACAUUUGUCCAUGUGACUUGCAACACGACCCAUUCAAAUUGGAAACAUUGCAACCCCUACCAAUUUAUGAUGAACAUAUCUUAGGAAUAUAAAGCGAAGAAGCAGGAAAGACUUUUAAAGAAAUUAUCAAAGAACAUUCAAGCUGAAGUACAAAAGGCAAAUGUUGAAAGUUCCAGAUUAAAUAAACAAGACUUUAAUGAGAUGAUCCGAGAAAUCUCCGGUAAGCGGUAAAAAUAAGUGCGCACUGCCUAGACGUCCCCAAUAGACAAUUCCCGAAUUUGCUUGAGUUAACAUGAGAUAAUGGUUCAAGUUUUCUUCAAGGCUGAUAUGACCUAAAACAAAUGGCAAUCAUAAAAUUUAAGAAUUUAUAUAUGAAGAUACUGUACAACUUUACUCAUCGUUGUUGGUUUUCGAAAUCUUUCGACCUGAAAAGCAUGCAAGCUUCAAUAUUCAUGACGUUACUAUGCAUAACAUCAACUGAGUUAAAGGUAAAUUUAACUUGCCAAUCACAUUUCAUUUUGAGCCUGAAACUUGAUCUCUUUAGGCUUUUUCUAUUUCUAAUUGGUUCACAGCAUAUCCAUGAGUCCAAUCCUAGGGUAAAACGUCUUCGACAUUCAGUCCCAGUUGACAAAUCCAGGCCUUAGUUGCAGGUUGUUCUUUCUUUUUCUUCUUCCAUCUCUUCCCUUCUAAUCCUGCACGGUUUCGAAGAUUACUAUUCCUUGUCGGAUAAUCGAUUGACUGCCAGAGAUUCCUGUUUGCGUUUGUUUCCCAAUUGCUGACAUCUAAUAAGUUACAUUUUCUCAUGUUGGCUCUGAAGAUAUCCUUCAAUUGCUUUCUUUGUCCGCCUCUUCUACGCUUGCCUUCCUUAAGUUGUGAGUAGAAGAUUAAGGCCCAGUGUUCGCAUACAUGCAGUAUUAUAUCCCUGAACUGAAAUUGAAUGAAUAACUUUGUUACUUUAUUUUUUGUUUUCUCCCUGUGCAGAACAAAAUGUCAGUGCCGGCCACGAGCAUGUGGGAUCGAGAUUUACACGUUCAGAGAAGCUUCAGUUUACUCAGGUGAGACAAGAACACAAGCAUGCGCGUGGUGGAAUAAACUGUUAAAGAGUGAUGGGACGAAUGUUUUGUUUGUUCAAUAUAGGAUGAAGAAAAGGAAUUGGCAGCGGUGGCGGCUAUGACUGAAAAUGCCGGAGCAAAAAUUGAUACGGAGGAGGUCUGAUUUCUAUAUAUUUAUAUUCUUACAUACCAUUGUAUAAAUAUGCCGAGACAAAUUGAAAACACGAGUGGUUUUAGAAGAACUCAAAUCUCUACAUUAGAAUGAAAUCCAAAGACAAAAUCGGGUAACUCGUAACUACCCGAAUUACUGUAUAGCCUACAUUUAUACUGUAUGCACGAGUUAUCAACUCUCGUGGAUAAUGUUAAUUCUUGGUUAACUUUGUUUUAUUAUUUUUUAUUCUGGCAUAAGCCACUUGAAUGUGUAUUAUAUUCUGGAGACACUUUUUGAAACUGUCUGACAGCAAGUAAUUCACUCUUUUUUAAAAAAAUUAUCACUUAUACUGUACCAAAAGAGCGUCACUUAUCCGUCAUGAUGUAUAUGGACCAAUUCUAAUUGCAGGAAAUUCAAGCGCGAAGAAAGGAAGAGAUUGACGCCAUGCAAGGUCGUUUGACGGAGCUGACGAGUCGCCUUGAGGGACUAGAGAUUGAUAUGAGGAAAUUCACUGCAACAGUUGAACAGGUAACGGGUCCGACAAUUUUAUAUAUCACUGAUAAUUCGUCUGUGUAUAUGCGGGAACAGCGGAUUAUCCAUAUCACAGCAUCUUACCUGACAAGCUACCUACGUAAAACGAAUGAAAAUUAUUUAAUUAUAAUCAAUGCGUUGUAUAAACUAUAUUAACUAUUAUACAAUAACGAUCGUUGGUCGAGAGCAUAGAUUGUCGAGAGACAUGAUCUAUUAGAGGACAGACGCACAGAAUUACGUCACACAAAACCUUAUCCAAUAGCAUGCAUUCCCUUAUUUGUACGGAUUAUGUACGCUUGAUAUUUGUAAAAUUUCGACUUUUUCAAAUUUCCUAAUGUUUGGGUGCAUGGAUAAAAAGUAAGCUAUUACGGAAAUCACCGAACUGUGGAAUCGCAUCAAAAAUUCGUAUCGCCGCCACUCCCACAAACGUCUAUACGACCGUAUCUACAUAUUUUUGCAUGUUUACAAAUUUUAAUCUUAAUUAAACAGCCAAUCCGGUUCUUGGUAACAAUUACAAUUAAACGCGUCGAUUGGCUGUUUAAAAUUAGAAUUGUAAACAUGCAAAAAUAUGUAGGUGCGGUCGUAGACGUUUGUGGGAGUGGCGGCGAUACGAAUUUUUAUGCGAUUCCACAGUUCGGUGAGUUUCCGUAAUAUUUACCUUUUUAAUUCAAGGUUUUUCUUUUGAUUAUAUAAAACAAAUAGAUAAGAUUUUGCCGGUGUCUGUUCAGUUAUAGAUACACAGUAUGACGUCAUAAUGUAGAAAGAACAAAAAAGUGGCUCACGAGCCGAUUUUAUCUAUUUGUUGAAAAUUAAACUCUUAAAAGAAGAAGAUAUCAACAUAUCAGUAUUUAUAUGGCUAUAAAAUAUUUAAAAACUAUCAAUUUAUAUAACUUCAAUGAUAUAUUUUCGAUUCAGUGCAUGAUCGAAUUUCACUGAAAUGUUGCUUCAGUUAAAAGGAACAUCAAAAUCAUUGAAUAGAAGGAAUCAGUUUACGCAUAUAGAUACGUCUUUAGACGAACUACAUAUAAGAAAAAAAUACCAUUAUAUAAGUAGAUCGUGCAAUUACAGUUCGGCUUGUUUUGAUCAUUGACGCAUGAUACGUCUCAUCUAAAUCGGGACAAUUGUUUACCUACCGAUAGUUUAAAUUUCAGAUUGAAAGUAUUAAUAUUUAAAUCAUAGAAUAACUUGUAAGAAUCAACAAAGGCAUACAUGUAUCUGAAUUGAGCGAGGGCCUUUGGAGUUUGACAUGAGAUGUGUUUCUCAUUUACGCACCUAUAGGCGCAAGAACAAACGGAAUUUCUGCAGAGGAAAAAUAAAGAGGAAGAGGAUGCUUACAAAGUGAGGAAAAGAACCGCAGAUUUAUUACCAGAUGCCAGCAACAAUAUUGCUAAAUUGGAGGUUCGUGUGGUUAAUCUACUAGACUAGUAAUAUAUGAUGGGAAAAUAUUAUGCAAUUAAUAUUUAAGUAUUAAAUAUAGUGCGUUAGUUCAUUCGUCAGUUCAUUCGUUAGUUAAGAAAUGAGUUUCUACUGAAGCUCACCAAUGACGGGCAACAGUGUUUCGUACCCUCAAAUGGAUCUCCGAUUUUGUUUACUUUUUUAACUUAAGGUUGUUCUAGUGUUGGAUGGUUAUGUUCGCGAUCAACACUGCUGUAUUUCAGCUAUAUACCAAUAACGUCACAGGCUUAGCCUAUUACCUACAAAAGAAACUGAACUACUGCAUGUAUACAUGUAUAUUUGUGUCUCGAAAACGAUGACAGAUUUUGAGACACCAUAGAAUAACUCGUGUUGCAGUCUAAAAAAUCCAUUCUUCAAAUCAUCUAGAGGCAAACAACCUGACUGGCUGGCUGGCUGGCUGGCUGGCUGGCAGGCGGAGUGGACCUCCCGACCGACUCAACUGACUGAAAAAAAUCAUCAUUGUGCUUAAUAAAUGAUGUGUUUUUUUCUUAGACCGUGGUAGAGAGUAGUUCCACGAGAUUAAUAACCCUCGCCAAACAAUGGGAAGAACAUCGCAAGCCAUUGAUUGAACAAUAUCGUGAAAUGAAAGCUUUAAAUAGCACCAGACUGGUAAGCUUAUCCUUUGUGAAUUAAUGCGGGAUAUGGCGGAGUUGUGCAUGGUAUGGAUGUGCAGCCUGAAAUAAUGUUCAAAAAACGCCCGGAAAAAAUGUCCGACCAAAAGGAAAUUUGUCAGGAGAUUUUCAAAUUUGGUCGGACAUCAUGUUUUGGAUUUUAUGCCAAGAAUGUGACUACAAUAUUAUGAAAUUCUUGAUUGUGUCUCGCAAGCUAAAGAACCGCGUAUAAAUAUGAAAUUUCUCGUUAAAUCGAAUAAAGUGAUAGUUAUAUUAAUAAUAUACGAUUGCUACUAUUCUAGAGUGAAGCCCAAAAGAAAAUUGAACAAAUUCGUAAUCUCCGUGAAAAGAUGAAGGAGACGGUAGAAGAAGUUCGUAAUAGAGAUGAUCUUUUGAAAGAUUUGGUAAGAAAUGCUCAAGACUUUUCUGGUUAUAGAAAGUAUAUUUAUCCGACCUACAGUAGAUAGUCGUGUUAUAGCGCGAGUAUCAGGCCAUUUUUCCUUUCUUAAAUGCGGAUGGAUGGAAAGAAAAACAGGAAGCUGCAGAUUGAAAAGGGCCUUCGCUCGAAACGUCGACGUUUUUGUUGUAUUUUUAGGUAGUUUAAUACCUCUCAAUCUGCAGCUUUCUGGUGUCAUUGUCACUACCUACGCUAGCUGGCACAGCCCGUUCGAGUUUAUAUGUAAGAAAAACAGAUAUUCCUGUUUGACCGCGCCGUAUAUAGAAAAGCCAAAGUUCGGCUUGUCACCAGAUUAGUCUGCCAGACAUAGAAAAUUAUUCUAAUGUGUCCUUUUGUUUGGUUAAUGCUGAUUAGGUAACACUGUUGUUUUUCUGUUGUUCAUGAUAUAUUUAGUAAUUCCACUUUUAAUAUUAAGGAGUUAAUUAACUCCCGGUACGGUUAUUUUGAACCACAGUAUAUAAUUUACAUUAUUGUUGCUAUAUAUAUAUGCAUGUGAAACUGACAUUUCCCACAUUUACUGACACACUGAAACGUUUUUAAAAUAUUUUUGUAAACAGGGCUUUUGCUUGUCGAUGUUAGACUGAAGUUCUUUCCAAUAAUUUUUAAGUCAAAAUACGAUAAGAAUAUCAACCAUCAACCAUGCAUAUUUACUAAUAUCAACCAUCGUAUGAAAGUGUGCUUUACUGUUUAUACAGGUAACCGAGUACCAAAAUAUGGUCAAAGAUGUUAAUAGAUCGGCUUACACGAAGAGAAUCCUGGAAAUUGUUGCGAAUAUUAAGAAACAGAAGAAUGAUAUUGAUAAGGUAUAAGGAGAG